GAUUUUUUUCCCCGUUUUCUAUCAUCCUCUUUGUGAAAUCCAAAAAUCUGCAGUUUUUCUUCCCGUUUUCAACAGUAUCCCCCGAAAUAUCAGAAGCCGGCGAUUAAAUUGGUUCUUAGAUUUCGAUCUUUAUUUUUUUAAUGCUGCCGGUGGGUAAACGGGGAUAAGGAUAGAAUAGGUAACGGAAAGGAAAUCGCAUGAGCUGUUUUGGAAAUCUGGGGUUUUAUUCUUUGUGUUCGUUGAAUUCUUCCAACCACUUCAUCACGUGUCUCCUGAUUUUUAUUCUUCAUUACUCCUCUCAGUUACCCCCUUCCUUGUUUAAUUUCGAAAUUAAAUCCACUGAACCUUUAUUAAAUCAUAAUCCUCUCUUAAAUCCCAAUCUGAAUCCGGAUUUAUCCUUAAUCCCAUGGAGUCUUCAGACAAGAUUAAUCGCCAAUUUAACGAAGAUGUUUGCUAUCCAAAUGGUGGGGUAAGAAGGCAAGCAAAAUCACCGUCAGUCAUCGUGAUUGGGGCUGGGAUGGCCGGAAUUUCUGCUGCUCAUGCUCUCCAUGAAGCCUCAAUUCAGGUUACGGUGUUAGAAUCCAGGGACAGGAUUGGUGGUCGAGUUCAUACCAAUUACUCAUUUGGUUUUCCUGUUGACCUUGGUGCUUCAUGGUUACAUGGAGUUUCCAAAGAAAACCCCCUGGCACCAUUGAUCAGUAGACUUGGACUCCCACUUUAUCGGACCAGUGGUGAUAACUCUGUGCUAUAUGACCAUGACUUGGAGAGUUAUGCACUCUUUGAUAUGGAUGGUCGUCAUGUUCCACAGGAGUUGGUCACUAAGGUUGGAGAAGCAUUUGAGCGCAUUUUGCAAGAGACAGAUAAAGUGAGAAAAGAGCUCAGUGAAGAUAUGUCUAUAAGUAGUGCUUUCUCAAUCGUUUUUGAAAGAAGACCAGAUUUAAGGUUGGAAGGGCUUGAACAUCAGGUACUUCAGUGGUACAUAUGUCGAAUGGAAGGUUGGUUUGCUUCAGAUGCUGAUACUAUCUCACUUAAAAGCUGGGACAAGGAAGAGCUAUUACCUGGUGGUCAUGGACUCAUGGUCAGGGGCUAUCUUCCCGUCAUAAACACUCUGGCCAAAGGUAUUGACAUCCGCUUGAACCACAGGGUUAGAAAAAUAGCGAGGUGUUACAAUGGAGUGAUGGUUACUGUGGAAGAUGGAACUACAUUUGUAGCAGAUGCUGCUAUUGUUGCUGUUCCUGUAGGUGUACUAAAAGCCAAGACCAUCAAGUUCGAACCAAAACUUCCUGAAUGGAAGGAAGCAGCAAUUGAUGAUCUUGGAGUGGGAAUUGAGAACAAAAUAAUAUUGCACUUUGGCAAGGUGUUUUGGCCUAAUGUGGAGUUUUUGGGAGUUGUUGCUGAGACAUCAUAUGGUUGUAGCUACUUUCUAAACCUUCAUAAAUGCACGGGUCACCCUGUCCUUGUGUAUAUGCCUGCAGGGCAGCUGGCGAGAGAUAUUGAGAAAUUGUCUGAUGAAGCUGCUGCAGAGUUUGCUUUUAUGCAACUGAAGACAAUCCUUCCAGAGGCAUCUGCCCCGAUUCAGCAUCUGGUUUCUCGAUGGGGAUCAGACAUUAAUACACUUGGUUCCUAUAGCUUUGAUGCGGUAGGCAAGGCCCAUGAUCUGUAUGAGAGGGUAAGGGUCCCAGUGGAUAAUGUAUUCUUUGCGGGGGAGGCAACCAGUAUGAGCUACCCAGGGUCCAUUCAUGGUGCAUUUGCAACCGGGCAGAUGGCUGCCGAGGACUGUAGGAUGCGUGUACUCGAGCGAUAUGGAGAGUUGGACUUGUUCCAGCUGGUCAUGGGUGAGGAAGGAAGAUUUUAUGUCCCGCUCUUGAUCUCUCGUUUGUAAGUACAAACCCUGGUUCCAAAGUAAGUAUAUGUAGGUGAUAGGAGUCGUGAUCCCAAUAUCAAAGAUGUUCUUGGUCAGUUUGACGUCACUUUGAAGCUUUAGCUAAAUAUUGAAAUGAGAUCCGGACAAGUAUAACUAGCAUUAGUGGUAACGUUAGGAGGAUUUCAUUAAGAGAAAAGUAUAUAGUUGAUUUGGGGAA